UUAAAAAUCAUUAUGUACAAGUGAUGAAGGAGUUCAUUGCUAAGCAUUGUUUAAUAGAUUGACUUGAACAGUUUAAUAAAUUAGCUCAGCACUAUUCUUAAAACAAAAGUAGUUUGCUAGCCGGUAAACCUAGGGUUAUAUAAGACGAGUAUGUACGUUUUUGCAACUACAUUUAAGAUUGUGAAACAGUUCAGUAUAUGAUGGAAUAAAAGUGGAUGUGGAUAGUAAAACUAGAAACAAUUAGGUUUCAUCCUUUGAACACCAACGCAGAGGAGAUACAGGAAAAACACAAGGCUGAUGGUUUGAUUUUCUUUGCCGAAUCGGAAGGAAAGUAGCAACCAAGAACCAAUAUCAUCAGUAGUUGAGUAUUUGUCACACAAUGGCUGAGAAUGAAUCUUAUUAUAGACUACUUGUUUAUUUUUGUGAAUUGACAGUGCCCAUUUUGACAAGUUUCUAUCAAAAAGCCUUGAAAAGAGAUGAAAAUGGAAGUAUUUUGCAGCAUUUACGGGUCUUUUGUAAAGGCUCAAUAUACCAAAAGUCUGAGCAUUUGUUACUCUUUGGAAAAGAAAUAUCCCUGGAAAUCUUGUUUUCCCUCUCCUUAGUGACAAAAACAAAGUCCAUUCAGAUUGAAGUAAACAAAGUGCGUGAAAUAAGAAAUAAUUUACUACACAUGGCUACCUCAAAUGCCAUUCAUGAUUCUGAAGAAGUAGAAAAAUGCCUCAGGAAACUUCGAAAUUCAAGCUUGAAAUUGGCAUAUUGUAUUCACCAUAAAACUGCAGAGAUGGUGAAAAAGAAAGAAGAAGAAAUGUUGAAUGGAGAUAGAUUGAUAAAGGAAUAUUCUGAGCAUGAAACUGCUUUAAUCAGAGGGUGCAUUGCCUGUGACUUCAAUCAAAAGAAAAAAAAAGUGCAAUCACUCUCCCUGGUGAACAAAUGUGACUCCAGAAUGACUAGAAUGAAGGAUAUUAGACAAAAUAUUUUUAGCUCCAGAAAUAUUGUGAUCAUUGCUGACAGUGUAAAAGACGCUGUAAAUUCGACACUAUAUGUCCUCAAAGAUUUGAAGUUUGAUCCAACUAAAUGUCAACAGGCUUCACAGAUAUCAGAUAUUGAUAUUGGAGAUAUCAGUAAUACAGAGGUACUUCUGAUUGACAAUCCAUCCUUGCGUAGAUGGAAUCCAAGUUCGAUGUUAAGGAUGCUGCAAGCUGCAGGCCCUAUUAUUGUCAUUGUUGUCAAGUACGAGGAAUGGAGGAGAGCAGAAUGUACCCUCACUGAGAAAUUUACAGUGAUCAGUGAGCCGAAAGAAUCACUGCCAGAGUCAAAAAAUGAUUCAGAGAUAACUGCACUCGAUCACCCCCAUGGUAGAAAUGAUAAAGAUAUCUCUGUCCUUGGAAAUAGAAAUGUUGUUAGUUUGGGUACAAACUCAAAGUUGACUUUGAAAGAUGACAAAAAGUGUCCAUUGCCAGAAAGCUAUUUUGAAUUGUCUGAAGUUUUAGAUUCUGAUGUCGAGGAGGAAUCUGAAUAUUUUGAUAACAAUACUCAUUUGAAGGAAGUUGACUGUUUUGAACAUAUUCCAAAUCCUGACCUAGAGAGAACUGAGGUCAAAGUUCCCUUGUCGGAAACCUCCGAAAGCUCUAAUCAACAUAGCUUGGAAUAUUUAACAGAAUUAUCGUCUGGGUAUCCAGCCAGGUCCUCAACGCAAGAUGAUGUUUAUUCUCAUACUGAUGAAAGUCAAAUUGAAAAUGCAUUUCAAAGUCUACGCCUGCAUGAAGAGUUACCAAAAUCUGAGGUCAACAAUAGUAGAACAGCCGUAAUGUCCAGUGAAAAGUUAAACCAGAAAAGGUGUCUUUCUGCUGAAGAUGUGACUCAAAGAAAUGCAGUUAUGGCUGAAAUUGAUAAGGAAGAUCCAAAGCAAAUAAAUUCUUAUCAGUGCCAGCAAAAUGGGGUGUCAAUUGUGGAAUCAAAGGAACAUCUGGGUGCAGAAGAUAAGAAGGAUGAAAUGGUCAAUAUAGUCACAGAAAAUCAAGGAGGAAAUGAUGCGAAUGAAAGGAAAAGACAACUCAUGUCACAAGAAGGUACUUCAACUCCCAAACUCCCAACUUUUUCUUCAAAUAUAAAAUUUUCUCGUUGCGGACAUGAAACUGCUGAUUCUGAAGUUUCAAAGUCAGGUAAUGAUGCCUUGGAUAGUAAAAUAAUUGAACAGAGACCUUCUGAAAAUCAUCAAGAUAGUGAAGAGGUACAAAUUGGACAGAAUAAAAGUUUAACCAAAGCAACCAAAAAAGAGGUUGAAGUCACUGAAGAACGUCAGCAAGCAAUGAUUGCACAGGAUAGGAGUAGUGGGAACCAGUUUAAACAAGCUGCUAAAGAAGGCAAUGACACAGGCAUGUGCUCCUCUUCUAUGACUAGACAAAAUCCAUUGGCAAAUGAUGCAGUAAAAGAGAAACAAAAUUGUUGCCAAUCUGCAACAUAUCAUAUACUGGAAGAAACAGAAAUAAGAAAGGAAAAUAUGUUGGGAUCAAAAAACGCAAGUGAUUUUCUAGAUGACGAUGAUGCAAACUGUAAAUGUACUACAAACAUCAAUAAUUCGAAGAAACCAGAUGUUUUCUGUGAAUGUUCCAUUGAUGCGUCAGAACCGGUUGAUUCAAGUAAAAAAUCAUCAAGAUUUUUGAAUGUUAGUCUUAGUGCAACAGAAACUCCCUCAGAAAAUGUAAACAUUUCCUGUUGCAAACAUGAAACUGCUGAUUCUAAAGUUUCAGUGCCAGGUAAUGUUGCAUUGGACAGUAAAAUUGUUGAACAUAAGCCUUCUGAAAGUCAUAUAGUUUGUAAAGUGGUACAAAUUGAACAGAAUAAACAUGAUGAAAUAAUCCCUGUAAGUUUUACCAAAGCAAACAAAGAAGAGGUUGAAGUCACUGAAGACCCUAAGCAAGCAAUGAUAGCACUGGAUAGGAGUAGGGGGAACCAGUUUAAACAAGCUGCUAAAGAAGGCAAUGGCACAGGCAUGUGCUCCUCUUCUAUGAAUAGACAAAAUCCAUUGGCAAAUGAUGCAGUAAUAGAGAAACAAAAUUGUUGCCAAUCAGCAACUUUUCCAUUACUGGAAGAAAAAGAAUUAAGAAAGGAAAAUAUGUUGGAUUCAAAAAACACUGCUAGUGAUAUUCUAGAUGAAGGUGAUGCAUACAAAAAAUGUACUAUAAACAUCGAUAAUUCGAAGAAACCAGAUAUUCUCUGUGAAUAUUCCAUUGAUUCAUCAGAACUGGUUGAUUCAAGUAAAAAAUCAUCAAGAUUUUUGAAUGUUAGUCUUAGUGCAACAGAAACUCCUGCAGAAAAUGUAAAGAUUUCCUGUUGCAAACAUGAAACCGCUGAUACUGAAUUUUCAAAGCCAGGUAAUGUUGCAUUGGAUAGUAAAAUCAUUGAACAUAAGCCUUCUGAAAGUCAUAUAAUAAGUAAAGUGGUUCAAGUUGAACGGAAUACACAUGAUGAAAUAAUCCCUUUAGGUUUUACCAAAGCAAACAAAGAAGAGGUUGAAGUCACUGAAGAACCUAAUCAAGCAAUGAUUGCACUGGAUAGGAGUAUUGGGAACCAGUUUAAACAAGCUGCUAAAGAAGGCAAUGACACAGGCAUGUGCUCCUUUUCUAUGACUAAUCAAAAUCCAUUGGCAAAUAAUGCAGUAAAAGUGAAACAAAAUUGUUGCCAAUCUGCAACUUUUCAAAUACUGGAAGAAACAGAAAUAAGAAUGGAAAUUAUGUUGGAUUCAAAAAACGCUGCUAGUGAUAUUCUAGAUGAAGAUGAUGCAUACAAAAAAUGUUCUACAAAGAUCGAUAAUUCGAAGAAACCAGAUAUUCUCUGUGAAUGUUCCAUUGAUACAUCAGAACUGGUUGAUUUAAGUAAAAAAUCGACAAGAUUUUUUUCUUGUGUAAUUUCUAGUCUUAGUGCUACUGAUACUCAUACAGAAAGCUUAGGUGACAUUGAAACAAACACAGUAGAUAGUGAGCAUUAUACAAGCAGCAAAUUGCCUGAGAUAGACAACACAUUCAAUAAGAAGACUGUGGAUCAACAGGGCAGUAAAGCAGCCACAGAUAUCUGUGAUCAGAGUAAUAGAAAUGUAGCCAUAGACCAAACAUUACAAGAUGAAGGCCGGAAACCCAAACCGAUUAUCAGCUGUUUAAACUGCCCAAAGAUAAUGCUCAAUUGUGAUGACCAGACUCACAAAAUUGUUGACAGGGGAGAAAAAGAUGAUUCAGGUUACAAUACAUUUGAAAAAGGAGAAAAUCAGAUUUGUGUUAGAUGUAGGCCAAAGGGAAAGGAUGCAUGUUCUUCUCAACAUCAGAAGGUUGCAAAUAAUUUCAGUGAACAAUUGUGUGUACACUGUUUAAAUACUUCACACGAAAGCUGGUAUUUAUUUCUAUCAUAUUGGAUUAAGUCACGUUUUAGACAAAGUAAAGAAAGUAUUCAGACCCAUAACAGUUCCCUCAAACAUUAUCAGAAUCCGAAUUUGGUAGAUAAAUCUUCACAAACACAUAUAGGUUUUGAAGAUUUAAUUCCAGAAACCCAAUCUGACGUACCAAAUUCAACCGUCCGUUCAUCAUCCAUACAGAGAAAACACAAGAAAAGAAGACUUAAACAAAAAGUAAAUCAGGCAAGACAGGAUUCCCUUCUGGAAAUGACUUGUUACAGUUCAGCAGACAGUUUAUCUCUUUUAGGAGGAAGGUCAAGGUUUUCAGAUUUAACCAAUAAGACCAAAAUGCGUGUGUUGCACUCAAACAUAAAGGCUUAUAAAAGAGUAACAAAGAAGAAAAAGACAGCUGGAUCAGGAAGGACAUACAGGUUAAGAAAAAAUGAAAAAGGCUAUGAUAUUCGAGAACUAUCAAGUGUUGAGACAGACUUUUAUGGAAGCUCAAUUCAUGACAUUUCCCAGACAUGGGAUUCUUGGCUUGAUUUGAAGAAAGAAAGAAAAGAAAUUUCAUCUUCAAAAGAUGUAGCUCGCAGAAUGUACAUGGAACAUUUUGAUUGUCCACCUGUCAAGGUCUUUGGUCUUAGAACUUUCUUUGACCGUGUGAAUACAGGAAUACCAUUAUCAGAAGAAGAACAGCACCAAUUUGAAUGGCUGAGGUUUAUUUCAUUUGCUGAAUAUCAGGGCAAUGGAAGUGGCAUUGUUUUAGCCAGAAAUGGGUUCUACCAUAAUCCAGAAGAUGGCCCAAACUCUACACGCUGCUUUGCCUGUGAUGCAAGAUAUAAUGAGUGGGAGAUGUUUGAUAACGUUGUUGAAAGACAUACACGAUUGUCCCCCAACUGUCCCCUUCACCAUGGCAACAUUGGUGAGGGCGCUCGUCGGAAUAUCUCCAUCGUCUCCGAUGAUGUUCCCCGACGAAGACCAGCCCAGCAGCAAACUGCAGUGACGGCUGAACCCACUGGAAGGAAUGUGCAGGACUCAGAACCUGCAAGGUCCACUUCAUCAUCAUCAGCUGCUGCUGCAGCUACCUCUGGCGCUUCAUCUGUAUCCUCAGUUGCAGCUACCUCCACUACCUCAUCUGCAGGCAGUUUCAUUCACAGUCAUCUCCCUUCUCAAUCAAGAAACCCCAUAGCUACCUCACUGACUCGUGUAAGUGGACAUGGUAACUUUGGUCGCCCAGUUACCACCACCAUCCAGCAAGUUACUGUCCCCUCUUUGGCCAAACCCCAGUCUCUUAGUUCCCCAUCAACUUCAGAAUCAGCAGUAGCUUCCUCUGCAUCGGCAGUUGGGGGAAUAGCUGCAAGUGUAGCCAAUACUCACAUCAGCAGUGGAUCCCAGCAUAGUGGCUUUACAAGUAUGCAGCCAACCUCAGACCCGAAUAACACGGACCGGAUGUACCACUUGAACCCGACCACUCAGAUACGUGGGAUGGGGAUGGUGGAUGAACCGUACAAUGAGAUAUCUGUACCACCACCUCAGCAGGGCAUUAGUGUAUCUGGAAACCAUCCUCCAUCAUCUAUAUUUGGUGGUGGACCAGUCGGUGCAGGUGCUUUUACUACAGGUCAGCCCCAGAGCAUACCAGUCAGUGGACACACUCAGGUCAGCGAACUGCGUAGCUCUUCUGUCCCACUCGUCCAAGGUUUAUCAGGCUCCCCAGGGCUCGCCCCUCACCAGGAGGCAAGACCACCCCCACCUUCCACACAGCAGGCACUAUCCUACCAGCAGAGGGCCCAGGGAUUAGGAGGAGGUUCUGGUUCAGGGGGUGCCCCACCUGACCGGGCUCGUGGUACAGGCUUACCUGGGCUUGACCCAGAUCUCACCGCCGGUAUACACAUUGUAAGCCCACGCCACCCAGACUAUAACACCCUCACGGCUAGAAUAAACUCUUUCAGUGGAUGGCCUUCCCACCUUGAUCAGAACCCGAGGAUGAUGGGAGAGGCCGGAUUCUUCUAUGUUGGUAGGGGAGUGGCUGACUUCUGUCGAUGUUAUGCCUGUGGCGGUGGAUUACGCAAUUGGCAACCAGGAGAUGACCCAGUUUUGGAACAUGCUCGAUGGUUUCCACAGUGUGAAUACAUUAUCAAGCUGAAGGGUCAAGCAUUUGUCACCGAAAUUCAGAGACAUGUCUCAAAUUUGUCGGCUUCAAACAGAACUCCAGCUGAAACUCCAACGCUGUCUGAGAACAACUCUCAAGACCCACUUGACUGUGAGACUGGGCGACAGCUAAUGAGCAUGGGCUUCCCCCAGGCCCGGACACGGCGCGCCAUCAGGGCGCUCAGGAGAACACACGGUCGUGACCCCACACCUGAUGAAGUGUUGGACUGGAUGUUGGAGGAUCAUACUGACUCUGAGCCAGUAUCGAGUAUGACCUCCACGAUUGGCAACAACUGCAUCAAGUCAUAGACCCACAUAACUUGCAUACAAGAUUCAUGUGAAUGCAGUCCCACACUUCCCGAAGAGCAAUUGUUAAUUCAUGAAUGUUGCGUGGCUGCUGCGGAAUGAGACGUAAACAACGACCGAGGACAUCCCUUAUGAUUGUGUUCUAUUGGGUUGCAGUCAUGUGUGACAGAUGGCCUCGGAGAAGUAUCUACGCCGUUAAUGUGUAGAAAUCUUCUGGUAAGCACGUGCAUCGUCUUGCUGUAAUAUUGACCAAGGGCAUUGACGUACCAUAGGCACAUAUACCGGUGCAAACGAUCUGGUCAAUGUAUCUGUGCAGUCAGACAAUGAAUUUGUGAUUGAUUUCUGCACAUAGAAACCACACAACUUCCACCAUAACAGUUAUAGUGCGUUGCUUUCAUGAUGCGGCCUGUAUACACACAGUCUUUUGUCCGCCUUGGAGAGACUAAACCGUGAUUUAUCACUAAAUAUCACAGAAUGCCUUCAACACCCACAAUUGUUGACCACCAAUUGACGUUGAACUUGACGGUGAUGUUCUGUGAGAAUCAUGCAGUGAUACGUCCUCUUCGAGGGAAAGUAAAAAUGAAGAUUUGCAGUUUUGCCUCGAGUCUGAAAGGGGAAUCACAACAAGAAUUCACCCUAAACCCUGACAGGAAGCUUGGAAUGAAACUGCUGGUCACACCUCAACUAGUACCAUUGAGAUUGAGUCUUUCAAAAAUUUGAGAGCUGCACUUACCUUGAUCAUCUGGAUGCUUGCAUCUGUUCAUGAUGGUCCUUGGGGCAUUGAAUUGAGCGGCUAAGUGAUCGAGAUCAGUAUUUCAUUACAUAAUGUCUGCAGACAAGAUGAUUGUGUUUCUGUCUGAGGUUUUCCAUACUGAAAACAUUUUCUCUAUUUUGCAUUUGGUUUGAAUCUGUUGGAGGUAAGGUACACAUUAUCAAUAAUAUCUGCUCUUGGUUGUUUUUAUUAAGAUAUUAUGUUUCAGGUUAAAUCUAGAUGUCAUUUAUCUGCUAGGUGAUGAUAAUCAUGUUACGAUGAUGUAGCAUUGAGGAGCACUGAUCUAUCUGAGACAAAAUUUACAAUUUUUAGAACAUUGAAGAAGAUAAUCUAGAACAGAAUUGGAAUUGUAACAGUCAAAUACAAAUUGGUGUUGCUGAGAUCCAUUUUAUAAGGUCCCUGAAAUGUUUACAAAUAUAAAGCAUGAAAUUUCAGAACAAGAUUAGAAGGUCCUUGAAAUACCGUAAUGUGUUACUGAGAUGUAUUUUAGAAGGUCUCUAAAAUGCACAAAUCCAUUUUCAUGUAUUUGUUGAAUAGUUUUGUAUUCAGCCCCGCAAAAGAAAUUGAGGUGCCCUAUAGUAAUGGCCCUGUCUGUCUGUAUGUCUGUCGUUCCGUUUUUCUGUUCAAAGGUCUGUCCACACUUAAAACUCUUAUAAAAUAUUAACUUCAUAUUUAUACACUUGUUCACAGUAAAAAUACACUCAAUUAUGACAGUAAUGUAACUCCAACUUAAUAAUUGUCAGAUAUGUGGCCUGACCUGUCUAAUUUACCCUAGAAAUUUAUUCAAGAAAACACUACUUGAAAGGAAUUGAAUGAAAUUUAAAGCAUGAAUAUAUGGAAAUCAGAACAAGAACCAUAACUCUUUGAUUCAUUGUAAUGAAAUGAUCUCCCUUGAUUUGAUAAAUAAAAAAAGUGCAGUAUGUUAAAGAGUAAAUGAGAAUUGGAGUAUAGAUGAACAGAAAAAUAUAUGAUGUGCACAUUUCAAGAACCGUCACUGUGUUGGCAAUUGUUCUUUAAUUGCCUCCCUUUUGCAUAGAUGCUAUCAUUUGAAGGCCCAAUCACAUCAUGUGAUGGUUUUUAUCUGAAUAUUAAUCAGACUCUUAUGUUUAUCAUGAUAAUUUUGUGCCAGGUACCAUUCAGAUAGUAUGUACUUAAUAAUUAAGAUUGUAUGAGCAGGGGCGUAGCUAAAUGCAUGUAAAAUUUUUACUCCCAUAAGACUUGUGUGAGCUGAAAAAGAAAAAAAUAGACUUGUGUGAGCUGUCAACAUGUGAAGUUAUUUUUUAGUUUGGCUUGGAAAAAAGAAAGGAUAUGCAUCCCAUGUGCAAGAAUAAAUUAAUGAAAGAAACAUUUUCAAGCAUUCUGAACACCAACAGGGAGUGAAAUUGAAAUAAAAUAUAACCAGUUAAAUAAACUAUAACCAAUUAUAAACAUUGUAUGUAACAGUUGAAGAGUACUUCUUGGACACUUUUUUAUUUCAAGAUGCCUUGCUGGUUUGUUCAGAUAUGCACCCCCUAAGCCUUCAAUUUCCAUUUUGAAUUUUGGGAUGUAAGAACUUGCCAUUUUAGGGUUAUUAAAAAUUGAUGUGUUUGCACUGCCGUACAGGAGUUUGGCUAGGUAUGACCCUAAAGGUUAUGUGACUAUGGAUAGAUUUACAUAGUGAUUGUAAGUUAAUCUCUUGGAGAAUUGUAUAUGGUGAUAAAAUAUGGGUUAUCUGUUGGACUUUGAGAGAAUUGCGUCAAUACCAUGAUACAUAUUAAUGAAGCCAUGUAUGUUAUGUGAUACAAGCCUAUAUGAUACAAGGAAUUGAAGCUAUUCUAUCAGCAAUUAUCCAAUAAUGAGGCCAUAUGUUACAAUAUAUUAUGUAAUAAUUUUGUUGCAAGAUAAUGGGACAAUUACCAUGUGACAUUAUAGCAGAUCAUGUGUUGUCCUACUUAAAUUUUUGUAAUGUCAUGUAUUUAUGGCCAUUAUCAUGUUUGUGUUUUAUUACGCAUUGUUUUACUUUGUUUGACAGCUGCAUGAUAAUGGUAUGGCAUGCUAUACAUUAUCAUAGUAUGUUCAAUCACAUAUUUUGGUCUUGAUGUCAAUUUGCUUUGUAGUAAUUUGCCAUUUGGUUA